GGGACGUUUCCCCAACCUCCGGUGGCACCCCUUCAACAUCCCCAUGAAGGCAAGCGACUACAGCAUCACAACACGUCAGGCACGAUGAUGGCACGUUCGACUUCGGACGUAAAGCGGCGAGUGCCUCAGUCCCGAAUUUGCCGCGCUCAGCACGCAUGUGCAUCGUCGCCAAGCCCGCGGUCGUCGUUGUCGACCCGGUCUCGACGGGGUUGCACGUGGCCCGCGAUGUCCUCCGCCGUGGCUUUCAACUGAUCAUUCUCCACAGCUCGGACGCCGACAAGCCGGCAUGCAUUGCCAACAUGCCAGCUGACGUUGCUGCGCACGCCGUCGCCGAGCUAUAUCACCGAGAUAUGGAGAGUACCUUGAGUGCCCUGAAGCGCCACGUGGUUGCUGGGGUCCUCGCUGGCUGUGAAACGGGUGUGACGGUGGCAGAUCAUUUGUCGGACCGACUGGGGCUGGCCACGAAUGGUGCGUCUGGCGCCGCCGCCCGACGGAACAAGUACGUGAUGGGCGAGUGCAUUCGCAAAGCAAAUCUUCGCGCCGUCAAGCAAUGCGCAGCCACAUGCUGGAACGCGAUUGUCGACUUUAUUGAGCAUGACCUCAAACCGUCUCCAUUCCAGGUGAUUGUGAAACCCGUCGAAAGCGCCGGCGGCGACGACGUCUUUCUGUGCCGCUCGAUGGCGCAGGUUCACGAUGCAUUUCAUCACAUUCAAGGGCACGUGAACCAGCUCGGGAUGACCAACACAGCGACUCUGAUCCAAGAGUACUUGGUCGGGACCGAGUUUGUCGUGGACACAGUCAGUCGCCACGGUGUCCACAAGGUCGUGGCCAUGUGGGAGUAUGAAAAGGGGCCCGCGAACGACGCGCCGUUCGUGUACUUUGCCGUUCGACUCGUGGAAGCGACGUCCCCCAAGCACAUGGCGAUCAUGGCGUACAUUCUUAAGGUUCUCGAUGCGCUGCACAUUCGCCACGGCCCGGCGCAUGCCGAAGUCAUGUGGUUGCCCCAUGAAGACGCCCCGUGCCUCGUCGAAGUCGGCGCGCGGUGUCACGGAAAUGGCGGGUACUUUCUCCCGACCGUCGAUCGGUGCCUCGGGUACAACCAAGUGCGAGCGACAGUCGACAGCUACUUUGACCCGAUCGCGUUUGGGUCGGUCCCUCCAUUCCCUGGCAAGCUUCUCGCCCACGGCUGCGAAGUGCCGUUGGUAUCGUACGACGAAGGCGUGAUAACAGCUUGCCCAGGCAUCGAAGCUGUCACGACCCUGCCGUCGUACCAUUGCUCGUACUGGAGCGUCGGCGUCGGCUCCACCUUGGUGCGCACCGUUGACGUCUUUACUAAACCCGGCAGCGUGUGGCUCCUUCAUACGUCCAAGGACGUGGUCGAAGCAGACGUGCAGCGUCUUCGCAAGCUCGAACGCAGUCAAAGUCUGUGGACCAUCCAACACACGCCGACGAGCCACCAUGGCGUGCCUCCCCCGCCGUAUUAG